AUGGACAGACUCUUCAACCACAGCAAGCAUCUCACCGACCGACGAUUCAUGCUUUCCCUCGCCCUGGCCCGUCUUGAGUACAAGCAAAAAGGCUUCAUCGAACACCCCCACGCAGGGACAGAAAUGAUCUACAGGUCGGUCCUCCCUGAAUUACGCAAAAAGAUGGAGCAGGAACUGGUCGCCAAAGGACAAGGGAUGGAAUGGUGGAAGACGCCGCGCGAGGUGGAAAAUCACCUGAUGAAGUACCUUGAACCGUCCGAGGUGGACGAGUUACAGGCUCUUAUCGAGGGAAGAGGAACGGCGGCUGUUUUGACAAAGUACAAGCCCCUGAUGGAUAUGAUGAUUGAUGAGUUUGUUUGCUUUGCUGAUGGUCCGCGAUGGAAUCUUAUACAUGUUGCCAUGGCUGUUGGAAGUUGGCGGAAGGAUCAUCCUAGACCUUCAGAGAUGGGGAUUGGAGUUUAA